UUUCAGACACCCAGUGUAAGUAAAUGGACUUAUUAUUCCUCUUUUAAUCUUGUUUCAGUGGAAAAAUGGAAGAGAAGCAGGAAACUGGACUUCCUGGGCAUCCCGGCGUACUGGGGAUCCGGGCUGGCUGAAUAUAACGACCUCAGGUAUCGCUUCAUGGUCAUGGACCGGCUGGGCAGCGACCUGCAGAAAGUCUGCGAUGACAGCGGAGGUCGACUGAAGAAGGCCACCGUGCUCCAGCUCGGACAAAGGAUGGUGGACGUGCUGGAGUACAUUCACGAGAACGAGUACGUCCAUGCAGACAUUAAAGCUGCCAACCUCAUGCUCGGUCACAGAGACCAUCAGCAGGUCUACCUAGCAGACUACGGGCUGUCCUACAGAUACUGUCCCGAUGGAGUCCACAAAGAGUACAAAGAAAACCCCAAGAAGGGCCACAAUGGAACCAUCGAGUACACCAGCCUCGACGCCCACAAAGGACUCGCUCCAUCCAGACGUGGUGACCUCCAGAUUUUGGGUUUUUGUCUUCUUCACUGGUUAUGCGGUUCUCUGCCGUGGAACAAAGUUCUCAAGAACCCAACUCAGGUCCAGGAGGCCAAGGCCAGACUGAUGGAGAAUCUGCCAGACUCGGUCCAGCGGCUGUCUGUGAGCGGAGCCAGCACAGGUGAGAGCAGGUCCACAGGACGGAGCGGUCGAAUCCUCCGAGCUGUGGAGGAGAGGAAUCUCUGUGUGUAAUCUUCAGCUCCUUUAAUGGAGAUCCACAGUAACACACUAAUACAGAUACUGGGCUGACUUACACAGGGAUUAUGGGUGAUACAGUAGUUCCUGUAUCCACAGACAGAAUAUUUUGUUCAUGUGAGGCAGCGAACUGUCUUCCUGGAGAGUUUCUGUGACGAGUCAUGACGUCCCUUCCCCUCCGGUGACCUCCAUGGGACCUUAUAUGAAAGAUAUGUAGGUCGUUAAUGGAGAGAGACACUUAUGAUGUUUGUUCAUUUAAAUAUAAUCGUGAAAGUCGCAGUUUGUCUUUGUCGACACUUUUAGUGUUCUUACAUUAUCCCAAAUGUUUCCAACAAUGUUCAAACUCGUCAUUUUAUUCAGGUAACGCUGCGUUUCACCGGUCGUCUGUCAGUGGCGUCAUAUCCCCUCUGCGGUUGUCUGCCAGACGCUGUCAUACACUGAACAG